AAAGCAAUGAAUAUGCAGCUAUGCAAAUACAACACCUUCCGAAGGCAUGCCAGGAUGUUCAUUGAGCCAGCGAUUGUUUCUUACUGGCAAAAAUCACAGGAAGGCAUGCUACAGAAGCUCCAUGCAGAGGAGAAAGUGAUAGUUGGUGGUGAUAUGAGGGCUGACUCCCCAGGCCACUCUGCAAAGUUCGGAAGCUACACUAUGAUGGACCUGAAGAACAACAAAGUCGUUGACCUCCAGUUGGUUCAGAGCAAUGAGGUUGGUGGAAGCUACCACAUGGAGUUAGAGGGCCUGAAAAGGAGUCUGGAGUUGUUAAAGGAACGUGGUGUGACUCUGGACUGUAUUGUCACGGACAGACAUCUGCAAAUUCAGAAAUUCCUAAGGGAAAGCAGCAUCACCCAAUUCUUUGAUGUGUGGCACAUAGAAAAAGGGAUUUCUAAGCAACUGGAGAAGGCUGCAAAAAAGAAGGACUGCGGAAAACUUCGAGGGUGGGUGAAGAGUAUAAGAAACCACAUAUACUGGACUGCAGCAACCUCCACCACCGGGCCUGAGAGUGGCCAAAUGGACUUCCAUCCUGAACCACGUGCAGGAUAUCCACUCUCAUGAUGACCCCCUGUUCCCCAAGUGCCUUCAUCCACUGCGCAUUGCGCAAUACCAAUGGAUGGCUGCAGGAACGCCGGCCUUUCACAAGCUGGAGACAAUUCUCUCAAACAAGAGGAUUUUGAAAGCUGUGGCCAAACUCAGCCCACACCACCAGACUUCAUCUUUGGAGUCAUUCCAUGCCGUCAUCCUGCGCUUUGCUCCAAAGAAUGUUGUGUUUCCAUUUCUUGGAAUGUUGUGCAGACUGUACCUGGCAGCCCUGCACUACAAUGAAAACGCUGAGCGUGCACAAGCCACUACAUCCACUGGAAAGCCUCUGUAUAAACUGCAGUUCCCAAAGGCCAGGAAGGGAGAAUGCAGAGCAAAACCAGUAAAGACUGACCCCACAUUCUGCUACGUGGCCAACUUGAUGGACCUCAUCUUCGACCAAGUCUUUGUGGACCCUGCACCAUUCACACAGGAGCUUCUGAAGAUACCCAUCCCAGAGGACCUGUGUUCCCAAUAUGAGCGACCUGACAGGGAGGAGGUCAUCUCCGGGUAUGCUACUCGGUUCAAUUUGGCUGCUGUCUGAACCCAACAUAGAUAUUUCGCGGAUCAGGAAACUCUCUGCGAAUCCUGAGG